AUGGCGCCGUCCUCUACGAAGCAGUGGGUCCUCGCAUCUAGACCAUCAGGAGCCCCGAUUCUGUCUGGCCCUGACGCAACAUUUAAGCUGCAGACGGCGGAGCUGCCAGCUCUCAAGGAGGGCCAGGUGCUCGCCAAAGUGCAAUAUUUCUCCAACGACACGGGACUGCGCCAUUUCAUUGGCAGCACAGUGGCCCAGGAGCGGCAUUAUGUGCCCAAUGUGCCUGUCGGCUGUCCCAUGCGCUGCGGUGUCUUGGCUGAGAUUGUAGAGUCUGAGUCUUCUUCCUAUAAGCCGGGUGAUCUGGUUGUGAACUUCCACCUCGGUAUCUGGAGUGAGUAUGUGGUACUGGAGGCGGCGGUAUGCCAGCCCCUGGCCCCUCUUCCCAAUGGGUUCCCAGUGACGCACUACCUGGGCGCGUUCGGCGCAUCCGGCAUGACGGCCUACGUCGGGCUGUACUUCGCGGGCGAGGCCAAGCCGGGGCAGACAAUCGUCAUCUCGGCAGCAGCCGGGGCGACGGGGUCGAUGGCGGUCCAGAUCGCCGUCAAGCUCCUCAAGGCGGGGAGGGUGGUUGGUAUCGCGGGGUCGGAUGAGAAGUGCGCGUGGGUCAGGGACGAGCUCGGCGCUCACGAGUGCAUCAACUACAACAGCCCGAUCUUCCACGAGGAGCUGAAGGCCGCCACGCCGGACGAGGUGGAUGUGUACUUUGACAACGUGGGCGGGUUCGUGCUGGAUGCGGUGCUGACGCGGGUUAAGAAGUUCGGAAACGUCGCUGUUUGUGGGAAUGUUGCGUCGUACAAUUCCCAGGACAAGCCGAUGGAGUUGAGGAAUUGGUUCGAGGUUAUUUCUAUGAGGAUCACGCUGAGGGGUUUUAUCAUGUUGGACUAUAUGGACAAGGUGCCUCAGAUGCUUGAAGAGCUCAUCGGUGCUGCUGUAGAUGGGAGGAUCAAGUUGGACCACGGGGAGACCAUUGUGGAGGCGAGGAUUGAGGAGCAGCCUGAGAUCUGGAUGCGGCUCUUCAGUGGCCAGAACCAGGGGAAGCUUCUGACCAAGCUGAUUGUUGACUGA